GUCAACUACAACCAUCACGCCCUUAAAUAGAAUGAACAACAUUCUACCUUAACACCCACCACAGGAGCCGCAAUGCCAACACCAAAAGAAUGCCUCAUCGCCACCCACCAACUCCUGCACCUCACCCACCACCGCAACAAAAAUCAGCACCGCCUCUCAAAAUGGUACAAAUGGUUCUCAAUCCUCCGUCGGCAAAUCUCAAAACUCAUUACCGAACUCGAAACCCUCGAGACCGCUGAGGCUUAUUCUUCUAAGAAUAAGAGGGAGGAGAACAAGUACGUGAAGGCCGCGAGGGAGAGAGUCGAGGUUAGAGUUGCGUUUUUGAGGGAGCAGGUGAUUGGGGAUGCUUAUCUGGCGUUCUCGAAUUUGGUGGCGGAUAAUCAGUAUUCGGCUCUUGGGCUCGUGUUACUUGGGUCUUUGGCCAGGGUUAAGAGUGUCCUUGGGCAGUUGGUGAGAGGCGAGAAAGAAGUCAAUAUCGAGGUAGUUGAAGAGGCGAAGGGAGGAGAGUUGCAGGGCUCGAAUGCACGAGACGAUGAUCUCGGAGAACCUGUGAAGAGGGAGCAGAUUCCGGAUUUUGAGGAUUCGUGGCAUGCUGUGGAGGGAGAGGAGGGAGAGGAUCAAGUGGUGGAGAAGGAAGAAGAGGGGGAGGUUGAGGAGGAGCAACCAGCUGUGAAAGGGAUUGAAGAAACCAGGAUGCCGAGACCAAGGAAGAAACGGGGAGCGUCUAGGAUCAACAAAAAGAUUGUGGAGGAGAGAGGGGACAAUGAGCCGGAUGAGGAAGCGCAGAGAAGAGAGAAUGAGGACGAGUGGACCGGAGGAGCACCUCAGAAACUCACCAUGGAGAACCUGUUGAGGUUGGAGGUGGAACAGCCAGGUCCCAGGAUCAACAAUCACAAAAGGGCACCAAAAGCCGUGGUGGGAUCCAACGGACCAAGGAAGAAACGCAAAAAGGGCAAGGGCGAUGCGUUUGAUGAUUUGUUUUCUAGCUUGAUUUGAGCGCUGCAACAUACCCUCUUGCGAUUUCCACUUCCCAACUUUUACUUCCCUCGCAAUGCGAAAUUCUGACUACAGCUCUCACUCGAGUGAGUUUCAAAGAUUCUUGGUCCCCAUCCAAUACAACAGACUCCCAAAGCUUAUGUUAAUCGCCAAAUGCUGACCCAGACUCCACACCAUGCUAUACAAAUAUUUCGGACUGAAGACCGUCCAGAUAAACAGAUGCGUUCUCAACAGCGUACAAGCAGCCAUCACGAAGAACAAACUCCCCGCCACGAACAUCGUCAACAGCGCAAGGUGCGGAAGCAAUAAAUCCUUCCCCCCUUUUCUACGCAGGCGAAGGAGCAUGAGGUUUGUAGCUGAGGCCCAGAAGAUUGGCCCAGCCCAAUUGCUGACGAAGGUUAGGAUCCCGACGGCAAGCACGUU